CUAGGACCCUGCGGAAUCCAGGAAGCUAUGGCACUUCUGUUUACACCCGGCCUCCGGUUGCUGCUCUUGCGGGCGGUAGGCUUUCUCAUCGGCCUAAUAGGACGAGCGGCUAGAGCUUUAGGAGGCCCAAAGUUUGGCUCCAGGACCACCCGGCCGGUGACCGAACCAUUGCUCCUGCUUUCCGGGGUGCAGCUGGCCAAACUGAUCCGACAAAGAAAGGUGAAAUGUACUGAUGUUGUUCAGGCUUAUAUCAACAGAAUCAAGGAUGUGAAUCCAAUGAUCAAUGGAAUUGUCAAGUACAGGUUUGAGGCAGCUAAGAAGGAGGCUUUUGCUGUAGAUCAAAAGCUUGCAGAGAAUCAGGAAGAUGAAGCCACCCUGGAAAAGAAAUGGCCCUUCCUUGGGGUUCCUUUAACGGUCAAGGAAGCUUUCCAGCUACAAGGAAUGCCGAAUUCUUCUGGCCUUGUGAACCGCCGUGAUGCCAUUUCUAAAACAGAUGCCACUGUGGUGGCAUUGCUGAAGAAGGCUGGUGCCAUCCCCAUUGGCAUAACCAACUGUAGUGAGUUGUGCAUGUGGUAUGAAUCCAGUAACAAGAUCUAUGGAAGAUCCAACAACCCGUAUGAUUUACGACACAUUGUAGGUGGAAGUUCUGGUGGUGAAGGCUGCACCUUGGCAGCUGCCUGCUCAGUGAUUGGUGUGGGCUCUGAUAUUGGUGGUAGUAUUCGUAUGCCUGCUUUCUUUAAUGGCAUAUUUGGACACAAGCCUUCCCCAGGUGUGGUUCCCAACAAAGGUCAAUUUCCCAUGGCUGGGGGAGCCCAGGAGUUCUUUCAGUGCACUGGUCCAAUGUGCCGCUAUGCCGAAGACCUGACUCCCAUGCUCAGAAUCAUGGCAGGACCCGGGAUUAAAAAGUUAAAACUGGAUACAAAGGUACAUUUAAAGGACUUGAAAUUUUACUGGAUGGAACAUGACGGCGGCUCGUUUUUAAUGUCCAAAGUGGACCAAGAUCUUAUUCUGGCUCAGAAAAAGGUUGUGACUCACCUUAAAACUGUGCUAGGAGCCUCAGUACAACAUGUUAAACUGAAGCAAAUGAAGUAUUCUUUUCAAUUGUGGAUCACAAUGAUGUCAGCAAAGGGACAUGAUGGGAAGGAACCUGUGAAAUUUGUGGAUUUGCUUCGUGACCAUGGGAAACCUAUCAACCCUCUGUGGGAACUGAUCAAAUGGUGCCUGGGUCUGUCAGUGUACACCAUCCCUUCCAUUGGGCUGGCUUUGUUGGAGGAAAAGCUCAAAUAUGACAAUGAGAAAUACAAAAAGUUUAAAGCAGUGGAAGAAAGCCUGCGUAAAGAGCUUGGGGAGAUGCUUGGCGACGAUGGUGUGUUCUUAUAUCCCUCGCAUCCUACGGUGGCUCCCAAGCAUCAUGUUCCUCUAACAAGGCCUUUCAACUUUGCUUACACAGGUGUCUUCAAUGCCCUUGGUUUUCCUGUGACCCAGUGCCCACUGGGUCUGAAUGCCAAAGGACUUCCUCUAGGCAUCCAAGUCGUGGCUGGACCUUUUAAUGAUCACCUGACACUGGCUGUGGCCCAGUAUUUGGAAAAAAGUUUUGGAGGCUGGGUCUGUCCUGGAAAGUUCUAGUAGAGCCUUCUCUUAGGUCAAAGGGGUGUGUGUGUGUGUGUGUGUGUGUGUUUCUUUUGAUUGAGUGAGCUCAAGAAGCAGCAGGCAAGUAGAGAAAAAGCAACUGGGUAAUUUAUUCACUUGUUAUUCUUUUCGCAUUUAUUUCCUACUCUAACUGUUGAUCUUACUAAAAUGGUGAUAUUUGAUUCCUGCCUUCACUUUACUGGAGAAGUGUACAUGUAAAUGAA